CCGCGCCGGGCGAGGGCGGCGCCCGUCACCGAGGCCCAGCACGGAUGCGCCUGUUUCAGGUCUGUGAUCCGGGUGCCUUGCAGUCAUCCACCUUGAAGGACCUGUGAUGAGUUUGAAAUUUGGACCAUCCUGGAUUAUCUGAAGGACUCCAUGUAUGAGAUGUCUGCACCCUUUUGAGCUUCCCUCUCUCCCACGGUGGCACCUUGCACCUCUGGUUAAACCUGUUGUUCAGUGAAUACUCAAAUCCAGUGUUGUCUCAGUUCAGCCUGCUUGAUGGGGUUCUUCAAGACUGGAUAUUACAGACCAAGGGUCCUUCUCUUUUUUGUAAAUUUGUGCUUUACAAAGCAAGUUUCUUCAAAAGAGGAAGAAGGUAUUUCAUUUCCAGAGACUGUAUGUCAAUUCACGUGUCACAUCGAGAGGUACUCUGUUAGUUGUCCUCAAGUUCUUUAUCAGAACAUGUCAUCACACAGCUGUACACUUCUUGUGACUGCCACAUACCACAAAAGGGGAUCUGACUAGUUUCUGCUCUGCCUGGAGACCUGUGUAUGUGUGCUUCCAUUUGGCAGUUGAAUGUUGUUUCUUCGCAAGUGUACUAAGAAACAAAUGCAAGCUUGAGGUGCUCUUUCAGAGAAGCGAAUGAUUUAUGCCAGCCAUGUCACUAGCUGAAUGGGUUUCACAACCCUCUGACUCUGUGGGCCUUUGUUAGUAGUCACACUGGGAAUUGUUGACCUGCAACGUUGAUGUUGAGCGUGUUGUGUUUUAAGGUUUUGAGGAAAAUGCAGAGACGGCAUAGUAGCAACACUGACAACGUUCCUCCUGAAAGAAACCGGAGCCAAACAGUCAGUUCUGAAACCAGCGUGGAUGAAAGUGGAGUUUUUGAAAGUCUGAAGGCUGAAGCUUCCUCACCACAACAGCUGUUCUCAGGCCUGGCAGGUAUUCCGUCGGGCACCAUCACAGCCACGCCAUUCCAGGCAGGUUUGGUUCUGGGCUCUUCGGCAGGAGGUGGGGAAGUAUUCAUUCAGAUGCCAGCCCCAAGGGAGGAAGGGACCAGUCGUACAGAAGGAGCCCCGUUUCACCACCGGCAAUCGUCCCAUCAUUUCCACCAUGGCCAUCACCGGGGCUCAUCUCUACUGCACAUGGCAGGAGGGGACCGUCACGGGCAUGCUGAGGAAGGCAGUGACGAACAAGCUGGAACUCCAGCUCCAGCUCUUUCAGAGUUAAAAGCUGUGAUCGGCUGGCUGCAGAAGGGACUUCCGUUCAUCUUGAUCCUCCUGGCUAAAGUGUGUUUCCAGCACAAGCUUGGGAUUGCUGUGUGCAUCGGUAUGGCCAGCACAUUCGCGUAUGCCAACUCAACACUCCGAGAACAGGUUGCUCUGAAGGAGAAGAGAUCAGUGUUGGUUGUCUUCUGGAUCCUGGCCUUUCUCACUGGAAACACCUUGUACUUGCUUUACACAUUCAGCUCUCAGCAGCUGUACAACAGCCUUAUAUUUCUGAAACCCAACCUUGAGAGGCUAGACUUCUUCGACCUGAUGUGGAUUGUGGGGAUCGCAGACUUUGUACUCAAGUACCUCACCAUCGCAUUGAAAUGCCUAAUUGUUGCCCUGCCUAAGAUCAUCCUAGCUGUCAAGUCAAAGGGAAAGUUUUAUCUGAUUAUUGAGGAGCUGAGCCAGCUGUUCCGCUCCCUUGUCCCCAUCCAGCUAUGGUAUAAAUACAUCAUGGGAGAUGAUCCAUCCAGCAGCUACUUCCUAGGUGGGAUCCUGAUCAUCCUGUAUAGCCUCUGCAAGUCUUUUGACAUCUGUGGUCGUGUGGGAAGUGUCCGGAAGGCACUGAAGGUCCUUUGUACCCCACAGACCUAUGGAGUUCGUGCUACCAGCCAGCAGUGCAGUGAGGCAGGUGAUAUCUGUGCCAUUUGCCAAGCAGAAUUCAGGGAACCUUUGAUUCUUAUGUGCCAGCAUGUGUUUUGUGAAGAAUGCCUCUGCCUCUGGUUUGACAGGGAGAAGACCUGUCCUCUUUGUCGUUCUGUCACAGUAGAAACCCUGCGUUGCUGGAAAGAUGGCACCACCUCUGCUCAUUUCCAGGUGUAUUAAAACCAAUACAUACCAACAAAUGGAAUAACGUGUGGAGAGAAGAAAAAGCUGGAAAAUCUGAUGAUCCCAUGCCCCUGUUUAGCUGCCCGUGGAUUUGUUGUCUUAGUCUUUCUUCCAGCUCUGUUUCUCCGGGAGACAACAGAACAAUAAUUGUUACUAGCCAGAAACUUUAUCCUCAAAGGCAAGAAAGAUGUGUUUUACGUUAUGGCAAAUUCCAUGGCUAAGCUACAGCCAAGAUUUUUUCUUGAACUUACACAGUUAUAAACUGCCUGGGAUGUUUCCUUUUUUCCUGUGCUUUUAGUAUAGAUAAGUAUUGUGUGUAUACGGAAAGCGUACUGUGAAUUACAUGUGUAUAACCUGGUAUACUGGAAGAAAGCUGUCUUCCUCUGCCUCAAACCACUGGUGACAUUUUUCACAUUAAAUGGUCCUACCUUCCCUGAAUCUGUAACUUCAUAGAAUUACACUGUUGCUGUUAUAUUACCUUUGAGAAAUCUUCCAAAACAGUGCUUCAGAACCUCAAGUCCAAAGUUUAUUUGGGGUUGGAGAAACAUCAUUUCCCAGCAGCCGUGUUUUGCAAUUGAUGCCACAAAUUGCACGUGUUGUCAUCUUAAUAAAAUCUCAAGGAACUUGGGAAGGACCAUGCUAGUGAAGCUGGAAAUGACACCUGCUUUUCUUGGGAAUGUUUUUCCUCUUUAAUUUUCAUGAUCAGACUUUCUGAUUUCCUAGCACAUGGGGAGAACAGUGGGAGGCAGGGAGAGCUUAAAGUCAAGUUUGAUUUGUCUAGGUGAAAAGUUAAGGUCCUAACCAAGAGCAUCUCACAAAUUCAGGUAUCUCUGCAAUAUGUUCCUCAGUGCAGCCACUUGAGGCAAGGCUUACUGGCUUUAAAAACCAGCACCACUCAGCAUCCAGAACCUGCCUGGGUCCAAAACCAGAAAAAAAUGUGCUCACACAGAACUGAGCCCAUACAGCACUGCUGAUACCAGAAGUGCUGGGGCAUCAGGAUACCGGGCCCCUGGAGAGACUGGGUUUAGUGAGAUUUACUAGCUUGAGGGCAGAAUUAUAAUGAAGCAGCUGCAUUGCUUCAGGAGCCAGCCUGGUUUACACACAAGCUGGAUAAUCUACCUGUGAUGGCAGAGACUUGAUUGUAACACCUCCGCUUCAGAAAAAGCUCUUCGAGGAGAUACCUUGUAUUGUUAACAGGAGAAUUAACGUACUUUAUAUUGCUGCAAUUUCCAUCUCUGCUGAGGGUGCUGCAGUGGCACUUGCAUGCAAAUAGUUGCUGUUUGUUCGCUGGAGCUUUCUCCUUCACUAAACAACCUCUGCUUUUUGCCGAACGCCCAGAGAAGGUGCCUCAUUAGGCAACUGUGGCAUCUUCCAUGCUCAUUACUAUGGAAAUGGCCGUAAGGUUACAAUCCCACUUGAGUGGGUAAUCAGGAAGAACUGUACCUGGGGGAAAUGAGCCUAUGUGUAUGUACUGACUGCCGCCUUCCCCGCCUGCUGUGAAACUCCACAGGGAGAAAAAUUAAAGCAAACAGGAGCUAAUGGUAACAGGAUUAAGGCUCAACAUUUCUUUGGAAAUAAUAGUUCAGUACGGCUAGAGGAGAAGAGAUGAGAGGCAGAGCCUGGGCAGGGAAGAUAGUCCAAAUCUGGCUUGGGAGAUACAGGGAAGUAGAGGAGGAAAAGCUUUACUUUCCAAAACAAAGUGAUUUGAUUCUUGCCAAAUGGAUCCCAUGAAAGUGGAGAACUAAGCCAAGGAAUCCAGUGGCUAUCUCCAAUGGGAAAAGCCUUUUUGGGAUGGGGGAAGAGAGUUCAGUAAGGAAGGAAGCAAGGUUUUCAGUGGGCAUAAAAAUGUUGUUAUGUACAAUAGUCUGGUAUAUUCACCAGGAAAAGGCAAAAUUACUGAUCUGUGGGCAGGCAAUUUAUGAAAGGAUUCAGCAUCAGUUUUCAGUGCAAUGCCAAUUAAUUAAAGGGUUGGUGGUAUCUGCUUUCAAAAUGUUUGAAAAGCCACUUCUAAUUCUGAUUUUUUUUCUAAAUGCUCCUAGAAAAUGUAUUUGGAUAAGUGUACGAAAAGGUCGAUAUGAGCCUAACACUACAGAUAGUAUUUGAUACACUGUUUCAAAAUUACUAUUUUUUAUUUGGUGAUUAAGGCAGGCAGGCAAUCAAAGGGAAAGUACGGGGAAUAUUUUUUGCAUUCUUAUAGUCCUUUUUUUUUUUCUUUAUGGAAUGGUCUUUACCAGUUGGCAGUGUCAGUUGUUAUUCAAACAGAUACCUCAGUGACAAAAUGCAGCACCACGAUCCGUAUGCGAGGCCUUCAUUAUGGGAAGAGCCUGUACCUGAGAGGCCAUGGGUGCCUGAGACUCGGUGGGCCAGCCAGUGCUCCACUGCUCUGUUAAAAUUAAUUAGUGCUAAAUAGAAAGUGAAAUUUUAUGCUGUGGUAUUUAUUCUACUGGAAGCAUAACAAAGAUCCUCUUAACUCCUGCAAGAUAAAGAAUUUACUACAGGCCACUAUUAUACAGCUGUUAAAUUAAACCAACAU